AAUUGCGGGGUGCUGCGAAAACAUUCGCAUACUUUUGAUUAUCGUUUUAGUUAAGUGUCUAUAAUAUAUUGGCCAAGGGUCCUUUCGCUUGGGUAUUAGCGACGUUGUACAACAUAAGAAAUAUUUUAUUAAUAUACCUAAUAGAAAUGAAGUGGUUGUCAACGUUGGUGUUAAUUAUUAUUCUUCAAUACCAUGGAGUAGAAGCGCGUCAUGCAGUCGAAGAUGCAGAAGGCAUCAUUUCCAUCAUUUUGCUGGCUGCCGCUAUCAUUGUUUUUGUCAUUUCUUUGGGAUGCUUUCUUUACGUCUUGUACAAACUAACAAAAGCAGAGUUAUAUGAUUCUCAUCAUAGCAGGCCGGUUACAAAGGACGAGCUUGACGCCUAUCGUGAACCUCCAGCCUCCAGGAAUGAUGGAAAUUAUGCGACAGCAGGAGUAAGUUAUCGUGACAACGAAGACACUUAUGCGACAGCAGGAAGAAGCCCUUACGACAACGAUGAUCCUUAUACAACGACAGGAACAACCUUUCAGGACAACAAAGGGGCUACAGCAGAAGAAGAAGAGCAAGUAGUGGCUACCACCAACGUAGUUGUUCAACAAAGUCCAGUAGUUAAUGAUGUUAUGGUUCAUCAAGCACCUGAGCCAGAAAAAGACGAUGACAAUAUGCAAACUCAAGAGUUGACAGUCAUAUUUGAUGAAAACGACCAUGUUGUUGAUGUUUUGACAAACACUAUUUAGAAAUUAUCAACGUAACUGCAAGCAAUUAAUGAAUUUUACAGCAUUCUCUUCAUUGUGUAUAUUAUUGCUAUAUAUUUAUUAGUUUUCAAUUAUAAACAACCAAUAUAUGUGUAAA